AUGGCCGCUGUCACAGCAUUCAUUGCUACUUGCGAAGUCACUGCAGAAGGGAUAUGGAGGAACCGUGUCAAGCCCGGGUACGAGAUAUGGGCCGACUAUUCUCGCAUGGAAGUGCAUAGAGAGUUUAUAGAGAAUAUCGUGGAGGCCCUUCCCCUUGCCGUCGCCCUCCUCAAACAAUUGAGGAGGGAUGCUGGGGACGGGGACGCACUAGAGGCACCCGAGGUCACCCGUGAGGGGCUCAUGGAGGAAUUCAAUAUCCCCCACCCCUUCAUCUGGAUGGACCUCUGGAACCGCACCCAAGCGUCAUUCUCCGACUCUGAGCUGGAGUCGCUGCUUGGGGUGAAACGGCAGCGAGAUGACGCCAACGGAGAUGAAGAUGAUGAAGACGAAGAAGACGCAAGGCCCGCAAAGCGCUUGGCGUUGAGUGUAAAGCUGAGCGCGGAGAACGCUAAGGAGGACCAGAAGGAACAAUACCGAAACGCACAACAGGAUGCCGAGCCGCAAAAUGAUCGCAGUGCCGCCGCCUCCACCAACCAGAACCCUCCUCGCUCCGCGACACCCACCCCGACGCACCUCCUCAUGCCCGUGGCGCGAGGGAACAUGAAACUGCAAAUGGAAGCCCGGCACCUGGAGAUCGUAGAUGGCGCCAGGGAGGAGCAUCUCCGUCUUGGGCUCGGGAGACCGCGGAGGAGUCAACUGUCGCCCACCACCACCACCCCCACCGACCCGGGGGGGACUCCAGAGCACGUCACGGCCGUCCUCGACCAAGCCCGUGCCGUUUUCCGAGAUAUCCUGGAUGACGAUGCCCGAGCCGUGCGCAAAGCCGAAGCGCACGUGCUGGGCGCUGACGAAGGGCGAGUCGAGCACGAUGUCGCAGGCGUCCGGGUCGCGCCCCAGCACGAAGGCGCUGCCGCGCGGGUCCUUGGGCGGGCGCGGGAAGGAGAGCAAGAAGGUGCCUCCGGGCGGGGAUGGUGUGGGUGUCGGCUUGCCGGGGGUUCGGGGGUGGUGGCUGUAGCGGUGGCCCGGUGGUGUCCAGUCGGUGAGGGCGGGGUCGAUCAAGGUGGGUUUGUUCAAGAUGAUGCCGAGGCAAGUGGUGGUUUAGGACAUGUCGCUGGUGACGUGGAGCGGGAGCAGUGCGCGCUUGCAACGAUAUCUUCUUCAUUUGCCGGGAGUCUUAAGACAGAGGCCUAG